CGGUUGAGUAUCGCAGAGUGCGCAGCAAAGUGAAGUGAGACAGAUCCCAAAAUUUGUCGUGUGUUCCUUCCAAUUCUCUGUGUGGCUCUGGAGAGAGGAAAGAAGAAGCCAGAAAUUCUGCACAAAGUUUGUCAGUAGAAGAAUUUGGGCGUUCUCCGUUACGAUUGAAUUGGGGCAAAGAGAUUCAUACUUUUUGCCACCACUUUCAGGGUUGACUUUCACGCGUGAUUCUGUGCACACAGAACGCGUUUUCAAGACGCAAAAAAUCGCGGGGUUGAAGACCGUCGAGGCGCGCAUAUUUUUGCCAAGAAGAAAUCAAGUGUGAUUCAGUGGAUUCAGAGGCCAAUUUGUGUGUGGUUUCUUCGCGCGUUCCCAUUUUGCACUUCUCCGGUCUCCACAAUCUUUCUGACUGCUCUUCGUCUGAAGAAAAAUCGUCUGUGGUUUUGCGCCGUCGAGAGGAAAGAGAGCAAAAGCUCGAGAGUCGCUCCAAUUGACUGAGAUCUGCGGCAGAGUGUCAGUGCGAAUAGGGCAGGAAAUUGCGAGUCCUCCUGUGCCACCGUGUAAUGGCGUUUUUGCGAUCGGCCGUUCGCUACAAUCAUCUCUUGUUUGCGCGCAAAGUCACCGGGAAAGCGUCUGCCUUGGACUUCCUCUCCGGACGUUGUCCUCAUGCCAGCCCGGCCGCCAGCCUCUUCUCCAUCCUCGAGCAGCACGCCGUGCCCAAGGACCUGCACGCGCGUAGCCUGAGCCAGGAUGUCCGCAGCCGUGCCAACUCAACCGUGGCCGCCGCGGGGCACCUGGAGCAGCCCCAGCGCGAUCCGCUGGACGUGAGGUUUGCCGACCCCAACGCCGCUUUCAAGAGUAAGACGACUUUCGAGCUCAUCCGCGCCUACCUUGUCUACCUGGUCUGCUCGUCCAGCUAUCUCGUGGAGCACAACAUGCAGCUUAUGAAAUGGACGAAUCGAAUCUUGGGUGAUAAACUGUUCACGGCUUUGAUGAAAUCAACGUUUUACGGUCAUUUUGUCGCUGGUGAAGAUCAGAGAGCCAUAAUUCCAACUCUUGAAAGAUUGCGCUCAUUUGGCGUUAAGCCCAUUCUUGAUUACUCUGUGGAGGAGGACAUUUCCCAGGAAGAGGCAGAGAAGCGCGAAGUAGAGUCGUCAGUGUCGGAGAGCUCGCAGGACACCACAACGCUGCCGCAGUACAAAGUGGACAAGACGUUCGCCGAUCGGCGGUACAAGGUGCAGAGUGCAAGGACCUACUUCUACCUCAAUGAGGCUACUUGCGAGCGCAACAUGGAGACGUUCAUUGAAUGUCUUGAGGCAGUUUCCGGCGCUACAUUCGGAACUGGCAUUACUGCAAUCAAACUAACUGCCCUGGGCAGACCACAGCUUUUGCUACAAUUGUCUGAAGUAAUUAUGCGUGCACGACAGUAUAUGCUGGAAUUGUGUGGCGGAGCCGGAAAUGUCUUGACACACCACAAGACAAUUAAGGAUCUCGAGCAGUAUUACGGUGGCAUAAGUGAUAAGAAGGAAAUCAAGGAGUUCUUACAGAAUAUGACAACUGACAAGGAAGGAAUUCUUCAUCUGUUCCCAUGGUCGGGCAUUAUAAAUGAGAAUUUCGAGCUGAGCGACAGUUUCCGUGUUCCUGAUCCGAAUACUGGCCAAAUGAGGCGAUUGAUCUCACAGAUUCCACCCAAAGAAGAGGAGAUGUUUCGAAAUAUGAUUAGGAGAGUAAAUACUAUUGUUAAGACUGCUGAAGAAUUGGAUGUCCGCAUAAUGAUUGAUGCUGAACAAACAUACUUCCAACCGGCAAUUUCUCGCAUUACCCUCGAAAUGAUGAGGAAGUACAACACGAAGAAAGCCAUUGUGUUCAACACUUACCAAUGUUACUUGAACAACGCAUUUCAAGAGGUUACGACUGAUUUGGAGCAAGCGAAGCGUCAAAAUUUCUACUUUGGCGCCAAAUUGGUGAGAGGAGCUUACAUUGAGCAGGAGAGGGCGCGUGCCGAAGCGCUGGGCUAUCCAGAUCCGACGAACCCCAACUUCGAGGCCACCACUGAAAUGUACCACAAGACCCUGACUGAAUGCCUGCGGCGGAUCAAGAAGCUGAAGGAAUCCGGUGAGGAUGCAAAGAAGAUUGGAAUCAUGGUGGCGAGUCACAAUGAGGACACUGUUCGCUUUGCUAUUGAGAAGAUGAACGAAAUCGGCAUCCUGCCUGAGGACAAAGUGAUUUGCUUUGGUCAAUUGCUCGGAAUGUGUGACUACAUAACAUUCCCGCUUGGUCAAGCUGGCUACUCUGCGUACAAGUACAUCCCUUAUGGGCCCGUGAAGGAGGUCCUGCCGUAUUUGUCGCGACGCGCACAAGAGAACAAGGGCGUGCUGAAGAAGAUCAAGAAGGAGAAGCAACUCUUGCGGUCCGAGAUCAUCCGUCGACUCAUGACUGGGAAGCUCUUCUACAAUCCGAAGGGGAAUUACGUGCCCAUCUAAAUUUCGUUUCACAGCUUAUACUACACAGAAGUACCUCUUGGAAUUGACGGGAUGGAGAGAGAGAGAGAAGGGGGAGAGGCGAGAAAUUGCAACACAAUGAUGUUCUGUUAGAUAUACUUUAGGAAUAAUGAAAGAAAACAAUCUGUCAAAAGUGUGGCGAUGAAAAAGACCGCGAUCUUCAUCAGAGAAGGAAGAGUUAUUUUUUUCAUAUUAGAUCUUAUUUGUAUCAAGUGUUGUAUAGUAUUUUUGUGAUUUUUACAAAUUUGAUUGUAGAUUAUCUGUUUAUUUUCUUUUAUUGUUUGAAAAUGUAAUAUUUUAUUUGUAGUCUCUUUUGACAUACUCACAAAUUUGAUGCAAGAAUUAAUGUAAAAGAUACUGAUGAAUGAUAUUGAAGAGAAGGGAUAUUGCAAGCACAAAUAACCAGGGUUCUUAUCUUAAUCAUACAUGGAAGUUGUUCCACUAUUCUUCAAUCUACAUAUACUCUGUGCACAGGGAGUCAAAAGGCGGGUGUUCUGAGUUUAGGGCCUCCGCAAUACAAUUAAAUUCCCUCAGCAAAUUGUGCGUCGUUUUCACUCUCCGGAAUGCAGAAUCUGGAGCACCCUGUCAAUUCCAUCCAUAGGAAAAUUCCACUGACAAACUGUAACACUAAAGUCGCGGUAUUGUGCGUACUCUGGGCCGCGGGGGUGGCAAUGGGGUUGACCUGGAGGACUGCAGUGGCUUUGGCGCCCCCGAGAAGACAUCAGCGAGCAAGCUAAUACAUCGGAUCAUGUCCAUUAAAGUAAUUGUAAAAUAUACAUAUAGUUUAAAGGCGAGAGAUGAGAAAUGAUGUAAUACACACAAUGCUAACGUAAUAUUGAUGAAAUUUCAAGUAUACAUGUUAUAUCGCAGGCGGAAGCAGAUGAAAUGGGUUGAAAAAUAAAUUAAAAUUAAUAUAUUAGAUGUGCUGUUUGCGCUAAGCAAUUAAAUAUUAAAGAAAAAAAAAUGAAAUGAAAUGAUGAAGAAUACAAGAAAAUGUAUCGAUAGAUAAAAUGAAUAUUUAUCCACUUGACAAUAAUGUGACGAGAAGUGUAAGAAAUUAAUUGAUGUGAAUGUAUAAAGUUCAAUUGGAUUGACGAAUGUUUUUGACAAAAUGAUAUCACUUAAAUUCUCUUCUUGUAAAACUGAUAAAUAGCACGUGCUAAUUUGACUCUCAUGGCGAUGAGUCAAAUGCUUUAA